CCGGUGAGGGUGAGACGCCGAAGCACAUCUAACCAGGGGUGUUUUCUCUUUUUUUUUUCCUCCUCCCUGUUUCCCACCUGGGCUAGCAGCUCCCUCCAGGAUCCGAUGAUUACAGGGCAGCUGAGCAAGCCGCUGCUCUCCCUGCGCAGCGACAUGAGCGCGGCAGAACUCCGGGCGGACGACAAAGCGGCCACCCCAGACAGCGAUCUGAACGACGAGCCCCUGCUCCUGCCCUCCGAGGCCACGGACAGAGAGGGCACUCCCAACAAGCUGUACGGAGCUCGUGACGGUUCGGUCCAGUCUGACACCAGCAGCAGUCCUGAGCAGAGUCACCUGGGCCAGUCCCACCUAGGGUUCCCCAUGGGUCCACAGUCCCUCCUGGUGGCCCAGCAGCUGGCCAACGCAGUGGGCGGCGUGAUGUCCGGGGCGGCGCCAGGCAUGAACCAGCCCAUCCUCAUCCCCUUCAACGCAGGCGGACACCUGGGCGGCCAGCAGGGCCUCGUUCUCUCCCUGCCUACCGCCAACCUCCAGAGCCUGGUGGCUGCUGCUGCUGCAGGGGGCAUCAUGACGCUCCCUCUCCAGAACCUGCAAGCUACCUCAUCACUGAGCUCCCAGCUCCAACACCUGCAGCAGCUCCAACAGAUGCAGCACCACCACCAGCAGCAGCAGCAGCAGCAACAACAACAUCAGCAGCAGCAACAGCAGCAACACCAUCACCAACAGACCCUCGCCCACACCCAGAACCAGCUGUCAUCCCAGCAUCACAUGACCCCGCCCAGCCAGCAGCAGACCUCUGUCCCGUCUCCGGGCUCUACCUGCUCCUCCACCUCCGGACAGACGCAGCUCUCCCCGCCGCACCGGCCAAACCAGUCGCCGGCCCGCAGCCUUCCUUCACCCGUCACCCCACCCAUGUCUUUGCCGCUGAAUCCAUUGGCCAGCCAGGCGGCGGUAGCGGCGGCAGCAGCCAUGGGAUCCAUCGCCGGUUCUCAGGUGUUCGGCAACGCCUUGUCAAACCUGCAAGGAGCCACCGGACAGCUGGUCACCAACGCACAAGGACAGAUAAUUGGAACAAUCCCACUGAUGCCCAACUCUGCAGGGCCCUCCAGCCAAUCAGGGGGUGGCAACCCAGCACUGCAGGUACAGCCAAUUACACCUCAGCUUCUGACCAACGCUCAAGGCCAGAUCAUCGCCACAGUGAUCGGCAAUCAGAUCCUGCCUGUCAUCAACACCCAGGGAAUCACGCUGUCACCAAUCAAGCCCGGACAGCAGCUGCCUCAGGCUCAGCAGGGUCAGACAGGCCCGGCAUCGUCUCAGUCCAACCUGCUCCACAUGCCCCACAGACAGAGUCCUCUCCACCAGGCCUCUUCCUCCUCCUCCACCUCCUCCUCUUCCUCGGCUCUCAGCGUGGGGCAGCUGGUCAGCAACCCACAGACCGCCCCCAGCGAGGUGGACGGGGUCAACCUGGAGGAGAUUCGUGAAUUCGCCAAAGCAUUCAAGAUCCGCCGGCUGUCUCUGGGUCUGACACAGACUCAGGUGGGCCAGGCGCUCAGCGCCGCCGAGGGGCCGGCGUACAGCCAGUCCGCCAUCUGCAGACACACCAUCCUGAGAAGCCACUUUUUCCUACCACAGGAAGCCCAAGAGAACACUAUAGGUAGCAGUCUGACAGGAAAACUGAACCCUGGCCUUUUAUAUCCUGCCAGGUUUGAGAAGUUGGACAUCACCCCUAAAAGCGCCCAGAAGAUUAAGCCCGUUCUGGAACGCUGGAUGGCCGAGGCUGAAGCCCGCCACCGAUCCGGCAUGCAGAACCUGACUGAGUUUAUCGGCAGCGAGCCUUCCAAAAAACGCAAGCGGAGGACCUCUUUCACCCCGCAGGCCCUCGAGAUCCUCAACAGCCACUUUGAGAAGAACACACACCCCUCCGGACAGGAAAUGACGGAAAUAGCCGAGAAACUGAACUAUGACAGGGAGGUGGUGCGUGUCUGGUUCUGCAACAAGAGGCAAGCCUUGAAAAACACAAUAAAGCGUUUGAAACCGCCCGACCUCGGCCCGGCUGCCCCAAUGGACCCUCUCACUGGUACUCUAGAGGAGCUCCCGAAAUGAACGAGCUCUCGGGCAAAACAGUGGAGUGGCAAAGUGGCGGGGGGGGGGAGGGGGGGAUGAACUGGUGAGAACUGAAAAAAAAAUGUUCCCAAGUCACCUGGAUGGACAGUCAUGAGUUUGCAAACAAAAACUAUGUGUUGUUAGUGUGAUUACCACAGCUAUGUAAAUGACCCUGGCGAAACCAAAAAAAACAUGAAAAAAGAGAUUAAUAUCUGAGAAUUAUGUAAAAACAUACGGUGUGCUGUUUCAAAGAGUUUUAGGUUCUGGCCUUACGGACCAGUCUAGCGCCCACAUUUUGGUUCCCACGAGGAGGGAUUUAGUAAAGAGAUCAUACCAAAUCAAAACACUAUUUACCAAAGUCUGUUGCAUCUGAGUACUAAGAAUAAUUUUGUAAUGUAAAUGUGCUCUAAAUUUUUACAUUUGUACUGGCAAAUCUAAGCUAUAUGUGUGAGGUUGAGUCUACAUUUUAUCUUUGUCUCGCUUACUUUUUUCUUCAUUAUUUGUAUGUAAAUAUCUUUAAAAAAAAGAAAAAACAAAGAAAAGUGCUGUGUUCAGAGUUGAGAUCACGCUGAUAAAGUUUCUCUUUUGGACAAAAAAAAAAAAACUUUGCUGUUAAACAAAUAAUAAUGUUGUUUGCCUCUGAUUUGUGUUUCAUCUGCAAAUAUUUUCAGUCACAGUGUAACUUUGUACAACUUUUACAGUUAUUUAUUAAUGAUCUCAUGAGGUUGUUUCAGAGGACGGACGGGGGGAGUAAACUGAGGACUUUCACAUGAUGAUGAUGAUGAUGAUGAGUUUCAGUGUCUGUCAAGUCUACUGCAGCUUUGUUUUGAGCUACUGUGUCAUUCUGUUGCCAAAGCCCGAUAGCCAAAGAACACAUACAUUUCAGCUCAAGCACUGGUGAAGACUUUAAUUAUUAUUUCACUUGUUCACGCGGCUUUCUCCCCCUUUUUCUAACGUGUUUUACUCUGUGGGUCAACUUUAACAAAAAAACAUGAAACACUACCACAUCAAACAUUAAGAGCCGAUCACGGCAAUAUAGGAAAUGUGUUGGAUGAAUUUACUUUUAAGCAAAUUUACUUUUGCAUGCUUCAACUCAAACCACAUGUAGAAGGAAUAUUUUUUUAUCAAUUUCACCCGGCAUUCCCCAAAUGAACUCAAAAUAACAUUAUUUUACAUGAUAAACACUUUAGUUAUCCCCUAACACUAAGUAAACAUGUGGUUGAAGUCACUGAACAAACUACUGAGCCCAUUCGAGUUCAGAUGUUUUUAUAACCUGAAUAUUUCAACACAAAUAUGCUUUUCUGUAAAGAUAAAUAUGUCCUUUAUAUUCUGCAAUCCUCUCUGCUACUGAAGGUUUACAAGUUACAAUCAAACAUUUUUGAGGAAAUUGUUUUUUUUCUUCACCUAUGAAUUUAUUUCUACUGCAGUAAAAAGCUUUAAACGGUUCAUUUUUACUGAUUCUGUUCAAGAUUUCAUGUGUUUGUGGUUAUUUUUCGGGUAGAAAUUCAUUUUCAGUCAAUUGACUCUCCAUCACUGUGUACUAAGCUGUUCAUCUUACGUGGUUCUACCUUGUGAGGAUAUGUCAAUAUUCCAGGCAACAACAUCCCUUCAAAUAUUUGGUUCUCACAGGAAAAGACAAAAAAAAAAGAAAAAGUGAAUGUUGAGAAUAAGUGUCACAUGUCAGAACGAGUGAACUUAAUUUGAAGUGAGGCGAAAUUUGAUGCAAUUUAUUCAGAAUCAUGUGUCUGCUCGAUAUCUGUCCUUCCAUGUCACAUUGGUUAUCUCAGUCGUUCAGUCCCCUGUGCUCGGCUGUGUUCUUCUUCACUGCCUGGAAAACACACACACACACAUACAUACACACACGCACACACACACACGUACACACUCGGUACAUGUUAGAAAAACACAUGAAAAAGCUUUACGUGUCUGUGUUUAAAGAAACAAGUGAGGUCAUGUGAGCUCAUUUCAUUUGAUGCACAGAGAUGUUUAAUAUCAUCUUAAUUUUAUUUAUUUAAUCAUAUAUUCAAGUACAUUUUCAUCUGUACGUCUACAGCAACUUCUACUUCACAGAUGCAUUAAGUUCCAAUAUUUCAUUCAGGCAAAUCUUUGGCCAAAAAUACUACAUGUCUGCAUUCACCCACCAGACAAGCAUAUGAUGAAGCAGCAGCCUCCUGCAGGUAGAAGAUGGAUCUGUCCUGAAGCUUACCAAUAAAGCUGUAACCAAAACCAAAAAAUCAAUAAAUACAAAGAAGAAGACAGAAAGGAGUUAUGCCUUUGCUCAACUUUUCAAUGCUGGACCAAAGCUCUCUAUAGUUAUGCACAUUGUACAGAGAAAUAGAUUCAUGAUGUUGACAAUCUUUAAAAACUGAGAUAAAAAUAAUUGAAAGUAGAAAUGUACAGUAGUUCAUCCAAGGUUUACCUCAGCACUGUUCUGUGAAUCAUACAAACGCCACACAAGCAGCAGCGGGUCAGAAGAAAAGACAGACGGUUACUCUGCACUGUGUGUGUGUGUGGGGGUGUACGUGUCGAUGUUCACCUUCAAUGUGGAGGGAGAGGCUUGUGUUUUAUUUAUUAUUAUGUAACACAUGAUUGUUUUAUUUUUGUGAGGUGGUUUCCUGAGCCACGUGACUCUCUGGUCAUCGUUUUUUUAUUUAUUAUUAUUGUUGCGUUAUUUCUCAUUCACUGUGACGUUCACCUCUCAGUUUUCACAGACCUGUAGACCCGCGUAGAAAAAGGAGAUUACAGUAAUGUUGCUCUUAACCCAAUUAGGAUGACUUGUUAAUAAUCACCUUUGAAUGCUUUUGUGAAAUUUUACUAACACAAACAAACUGGUUUGAUGUUUUGUUAAUAAGUCGAAGAACUCGAAACCAAAGCUGAAGAGCCUGCAGAGGUUGGUUUUCAUUUUUUUAUAGACUAAAAGCUGUACUUUAAUCUAUAGAGCAAUAUCUGUUUGGUCAGUUAAGCAGCACUUUGUGUAUUUC